AUGAUCCUGGUGAAUCAUUUGGACUCGUUCACCUCAGCUGACACUGUUCAACAGCAGACAGGUUUUUGUAUCACUCUGUUUCACUGUGUUGACGGGGGGGUGGCAGGAUACGCGAUCUUUGGCUCUGGAACUAAACUGUAUGUAACAGAUGAGCAGGUAGUGAAGCCCGUGGUGAGCGUGUACCCAGCAGCAUCCAGAGCCCACCUGGAGGGGAAGAGCUCCCUGCUGUGUCUGGCCUCAGCCAUGUUCCCUCCUCUGGUCCAGUUCUCCUGGAGAAGACGAAAGGAGGACGGUCCUCUGGAGGAGCUGCCCCCUGCUGAGGGAGAGCAGCUGGAGCUCAGAGAGUCGGGACGCACCGCCGGCAUCCUGCUGAUCCACCAGCAAGAGAACAGCACAUAUAAAUACCGUUGCUACGUCCGGCACGAGGGGGGCACAGUGGAGGCCCAAGCAGAACAAGAGGUUCCAGCUCCAGCAGCCUCCUGUCCUCCAGAGAGAGAGCCAGCAGACCUGCCAGCACUGCAGCAAGCUGACUUGUCCUUCCAGUCUCAGUGCAGGGUGAGGCUGCUCUGCCUGCUGUACACAGUGCUGAUAGUGAAGAGUCUGGUGUACUGCUGUGGACUCUCUCUGCUGAUGAUCCUCAGGAACAAGGGAGCGUCCACCAACUGCUCACAUGCUGACUGACUGUUUUCUGAUCGCCUUUUCUCUCCAUCACAUCCCAUCAAUCUCUUUUCUCUCUGUGAUCAGUAUUCUCUAAUAUCAGUUAUGACGUGUUGUGGUUGGUUGUAAAAUGUAUCUUGUUAUGCAGGUUACCGUCAUCCUAAAACUAUAAGUACAUAUACACAUAUAUAUUUGCAGUUACUACGUAUACAUUCUGUGUUUAUGUGUUUAUUUCCACCUUUACUUGUGACUUGUAGACUUAUAGAAAGAUGAAUCGUUAGCUGGUAGAUGUUUUAUUGUGUUUAGUAUCUUUCAUAU